ACAGACGAAGCUCCUUCCCGCCAGUAAGAAGCGGAAUGUGGAAGUAGUCAUAUGUGCAUUUGUUUUAAAGUGUCGUUCAAUCAUGAAAUACUAUUUAUUAAUCUUUUUAAUACCAUCGUUAUGUUCGUGUCAUGGCGGGCUGGGUAAAUUGCUUAUAGGAGCGCAUCAGCAGAUUCACAACAAGGUGCACGACGUGGCUGAUGCAGUGUUAGGCGGGCUCGAUGGCCUCGUGCACCACGGCCACCGCCAUCAGCCAGCCCCGCCGCCCAACCGAGGAGGCGAGACCAUCGUAGUCAUCGUAGAAGAGAACACUCACGGGGGCCACGGAAACCCUAGCCCGUACGACACACCUCAACAAGGCCAUUACCCUCCUAAUGGACAUCAUCCCCACCAGGGGUACAACCCAGGCAAUCAAGGACACCAUAACAAUGGACAUCAUUUAAAUCAUAAUCAAGGAUAUGGUCCCAAUCAUGGGAAUGCUCCUCGUCCCAAUUAUCCAACUAACCCGGGACAUAACCCAUAUGAAAACGGUAACAACGGCAACGGAUACGAUGGACAGCAACAAAACAUGCCGAUUUACCCCAAUCAACAAGGGCAACAUAACAAUUAUCAAGGUCAUAACCAAAACAACAACGAUAUAAAUUAUGUGAAUCCGACUGGAAAUCCCAUCAAUGAAAUAAUAAAUCCAAACCCAACUGCAAACGAUGCGAAAAACCCGGAACCAACCAGACCAAACUCAAAUGACCAUUAUAAACCAACGGAAACGUACAAUAAUAAUGACAGUCAUCAAGCAGAAAAUAAUAAAAAAAAUAGUGGGUCGAACAAAAAACCUGAGGACGGACCGCUGCUCGUGCCUCUCAACGACUACACAUACGGCGGGGACAAGAUCGUCAUCAACGCGCCCAAACGAGAAACCGACAGCAGCCACAAGAACGAAGACAGUGAUGACGAUUUUCCAAUAGACAUAAGGAUCAAAGACGAAUGAUUUUGUGUACUAGAGAUGGGCUAUGCCGAUGUUCGGCCGAUUAUUCGGUUGCGCCAUAUUUUUAAAGUGUGUCCACAUUUUUCUCUUUUGGUAGUUCCUUAGAAUGCUGAAAUAGGGUGAUUCAAUAAAUUACGAAACAAUUUACGCUAUUUUUAUUUAAUGUGUUUAUGCGGCAACUAUUCGGCAAUGUAACCGAACUAUUCGGCCGAAUACGAACAUUGAAAAACUUGAAUGUGCCUAAUAUCGAAUAUUCGUUCCAUCUCUGUGUUUAUUAAGUUGUUAAUUAGGUACUGUAAAAUUGUAAGUAAUAGGUUUAUUGAAUAAAAAAAAUCAUGAAAACUUAA